CAUGCGCCCUGGCGGAGGAGAGGAGUCGUGGCUCCGUUAGCUCCGUUAGCUAGCGGACGGCUCCGGUUGGGGAAGACGGUGUGGAGGAAGGUGUCCUGCGCACUGUAGGCGGACAUAUAUCGGCGACUUGAGACAUCCCCGGCUAAUCCUUGAGCUAACCAUUAUCCCUCCAUGCUGUCCAAGAGAGGAAGAUAACGCUAAUAGCCGCGCACUGCCACCUCAGUUAGCCGACACUCAGAAGGAACUGCGUCUUGCUUGAAGAGCUUUUUUCCCCCAAUUUUUCAGGCGGAAUCUGUGUUUUGUUUUGUUUUGUUUUGUUUUGUUGUUGAAAAUUUUACAACUGCUGACUUGUGAGAAUGAGGUUGCCCAGUAACAGACAUUGUGCGAUGGAGGGAGACGGGAAGAUGAUGGACCAAGCUCCUCCGGUCAGAAACCCGUUUGUACACGUCUUGAAAUUCAGCCCUUUGGAGAAGGCGAAGAUUGCAUUGAUGACAGUCACACUGUUCCCCAUCCGUCUACUCAUAGCUGCAUUCAUGAUGUUGCUGGCCUGGCCUUUUGCCUUCCUUGCCUCAGUCGGGCGCUCCGAGACCACCGUCGAACCCCAGUGCCUCUGGAGAAGACUGGUGGACAUAAUUCUGAGAAUCAUCAUGCGGGUCAUGUGGUUUGCGGGAGGUUUCCAUUGGAUGACUGUGAAGGGGCAAAGGGCAUUGCCUGCAGAAGCUCCCAUCCUCACCCUGGCACCCCACUCUUCUUACUUUGAUGCCAUCCCAGUCACCAUGACAAUGUCCUCCAUUGUCAUGAAGGCUGAGAGCAAGGAUCUACCUCUCUGGGGCACUUUGAUUAAGUACAUCAGGCCGGUGUUUGUGUCACGAUCAGACCAGAACUCCAGAAAGAAGACUGUGGAGGAGAUCAAACGUAGAGCUCAUUCUGGAGGGGAGUGGCCUCAGAUCAUGAUUUUUCCAGAGGGAACGUGCACCAACAGAUCCUGCAUAAUCACCUUUAAGCCAGGAGCCUUCAUCCCAGCUGUACCAGUGCAGCCUGUGGUUAUUCGUUACCCUAACAAACUGGACACAAUUACAUGGACAUGGCAAGGGCCAGGAGCAUUUGAAAUCUUGUGGCUGACACUCUGCCAGUUACACAAUGAAUUUGUCAUAGAGUUCCUUCCCAUCUACACACCUUCAGAAGAGGAGAAGAAGAAUCCUGCUCUGUUUGCUAUCAAUGUGAGACGUGUCAUGGCGAAAGCCCUGGGGGUUCCCAUCACAGACUAUUCAUUUGAAGACUGCCAGCUGGCCAUGGCAGAGGGCCAGCUGAGACUACCAGUCGACACCUGUCUGCUGGAGUUUGCCAAGCUCGCCAGGAGACUGGGGCUGAAACCCAAGAACACAGAGAAGGUUUUGCAGGAGUUUGGGAACCGAGCCAGGAAGCUUGAAGGACAGAAGCUGGGCUUGGAGGACUUUGCUCACUUCCUUGAUGUGCCAGUUUCAGAUAUGCUGCGAGACAUGUUUGCUCUUUUUGAUGAGCACGAAGAUAACAGCAUGGAUAUUAGAGAAUAUGUGAUAGCCUUAUCUGUUGUAUGCAGACCUGCCAAAACUCUGGAAACAAUGAAAUUGGCCUUCAAGAUGUUUGAGGCAGAGGAGGAUGGUGCCAUCACAGAGAGGGAGUUGGCAGUCGUACUGAAAACGGCUUUAGGAGUGACUCACCUCAGCGUGUCACGUCUAUUUACAGCCAUCGACGCUGAAGACACAGGGAAGAUCACGUUUGACAAGUUCAGACGCUUUGUGGAGCAGAACCCAGACUUUGCUGAGGAAUACCUGUACACAGAAAACGCAGGCCUCCACAGCGGUCCCUGCCACAGCCACCAAACACAGUCCAGCCUGUCUCCUCUGGACCUGCAUGGCACUGCCACCAGCAAAACAGCUAAUGGUAUCUGUCCCGACUUCAGCCCCAGCGACCCCGACGGCACAAUAGAUGGACUCCUGAAGAAACACAACUGAAAAGGUUUAAAUGUUAACAGGAGAAAACAAACUCCUCUCCUGGUGAGAGGCUGUUCUGUACGAGGCAGUGGGUGGUAAGUUACUCUGUAGUGACUUGUUUGAAAUGAAGGGACUACGUUUCAGUAACCACAGCUACAAAAGUGAAGAAGUUUACCUGACCCUUUUUUUAUUAGUAUUUUGUCCAUGAAAUUCCUGAAGUUAUUUUCAGCCUGUUAACAGUUUAUUUUGUUAUAAAUCCUUUUUUUGUUAUUUUUUCAUAGCAAGAAUCGUCAAAAUGCCAAACAGUGGCUGUUACAGAUAUAAUGCUUGAAUACUUGAAGGGCAAGCACUUAUUAGGAUUUCUGGGGCAGAUGUUUUUUUUUUGUUUGUUUUGUUUUUUCCUUCCAACAUAGUGCUGUGCAUGUUUUUACCACAAGGGAAGUAAGACGAGAACAAGCCCUGGACAGUGACGUGAACGAACUUUUGGUGAAAUCAGUGUUCGACUCUCAUUUAUUUGUAACUUUAAAUCAUUUCCUCUCUUUUAUGGUAGCUGCCUUUUGAAUUGAAAGUGCAGAAUGCAUGGGCUCAUGUCAUUGUGAGCAGGUCUGAGGAUUAUUUAUGUAAAGAAGGAAGGCCUGAGGGUACCAGUGACAACUGAUUGCUUGAAGCAUUUAGCUUCAGUAGCUUCGUUUGAGGUUAACUCGGGUCUCUGCAAGUUGAUGGUCAUAACUGCUAUGAGCCUGUUGUGUGUUUGCGUGCGUGCGUGUGUAUAUAUAUGACGAUAUAUUUGAUUUAGCUCAGGGUUCAGUGACAAAAAUGAAAAAUUUAACUCGUAUGAUGUCAUCAUUUUGACGCUGAAUGGGUUGUGUGCAUGUAAACUCUUUUUCUUACAUCAGUACGUACUUUUCUGUCCAGUCAUACCUCAUCAUCCACAUCAUCUUUAUUUCUCUCCCUUUCUUUUGUUUUUUCAAAUUACACAACGUGGACCAAAAAUGCAUCAGAUAAUUUAACGUCACCUCUCAUGUUCGUACUGUCCUUUUGAGUCAGUGGUGUGACGGCUUUAAGGGAAGAAGAAUCACUGUAUGUGACCACUGAAAGCACAUUGAGUUUGGAGGCUUUGUAGGUAUUUUAAAGGCAGGGUCAUACUACUUCCCCCUUCUGCAUUACACUGUUAUUAAAACUUCUUAAUCAUUCCUACUUUCCCCUUCACAGCAUCUUAUUCCUCAAUCUGUUUAAGGAUACAAUUGGCCUCAUCAUCACCUGUGAAGUUCAUGCUGUUACGGAUCUGCAUGAAGGAAAAUGUGUUGUUUUUAUGUACCGAGGCAUGUUUUAAAAUGGAUCCAAGCAUCUUUGUAUCAUUUGAGGGACCAGAAUACAAUUGAAAAACAUCCACCUACAUCUAUCUGCUUUUGUUAAUUGGUGAUCUAAUUAACAGAAACCUAUUUGUCACUGAAUGUGGUCUGAUUUUAAGUUUUUAGGACACUGACAGCAGCCUGUGGUCAUUAAAUGUAAUAGUCAAAUUUUAAUCCAAAUAAGGAAAUUUAUAUUACAAGUUUUAUCUUAAAAUAAGCAAAAAGUACAGAUGCUUAUUAGUCUUUAAAUUAUUGACUUUAGGAUACGGUUGCAUUCAUAUUGGAAAGAAAGUUUCACAUGUUGUAAUAAGUCAAAAUUGUCUUCUUUUUUGUUUCAUUUUAAUUUAGGAAACAUCUGAAAUUACAAUCACCUGAUACUUUUCAAUGUGUUGACAGAAGCCUUCCUUUGCACUUCUGUUAAUAACACAGUGAUGCUCCUUUCAAUCAUUUGCCAACAAUCGAUUGGCUUUUUUUUGUUUUUGUUUUUUUCAGCGUCUUUCUCUUUGGGAACACACAAAGCAACAUAAAACUUAUUUUAAAAAAAGUCUACAGUGCUUUACAUAAUGCCAUUUGAAGGAGAAGUAAUUGUUAAAGGGAAUAACGACACACAUUAGAAUCUGUUUCUAGCUGGUUUGUCUUUAUUGAUAUCACACAAAGUUUUACAACUUGACUUUUAUUUCUCGUUGCUGUAAAUUCAUCCCAUUCCCAUCCUGUUCAUGACCAUGCGUACUGGACAUGUAUCCCCACUCUGGCUUUCAGUGAAGCAAUAUUUCACAUCUCUUAAGCCUUCUCAAGGUGUAUGCUUUUGAAGAGUUCUGAUAUGUAUUUUGAAUAUUCCAAAUGCAGGACAUUUUGUGAAUUUUUGAUAUACGUAUAUGAAUGAUUUUUAUUUUCACUGCCAUGACAAAGAUCUGUGAUCUUCUCUCCUCUGCAGAUUGUAUUGAUGGUGAAAAAUGAGCCACAUUUUUUUCCUUUUGUAUAAUACUGCAGUUGUUUUUGUGCUGUAUUCCUCCUACACAGUGUAAGGUUUUAUUAUUAUAUUAUUACUAUUAUCGCUGAGUUGACUGCUUAGAGACAAAAUGCAGAUUUCAUAUGGAAACCAAUAGCCUUGAAUCUAUAGAGUUUUUAUGCUAAAAAAAGAGAAUGUAUAGACAAUCUUGUCACAAUCAGAAGCUCCUCAAAGCACUGAUCUCCAGUGGACAUUUUCCUAAGAAAUCAUAGGUUUCAAAUCUAUGCUUUUUAUUGUCUUUGAACCUUUUCUUUUUAAGUGUUAUUUUAUUUUGUAAAGGUGUGCAGGUUGAACUAAGCAAAGUGUGAGUGAGUGUUAAGUGUGUGAGGCCUUGAGGUGAGUUUGCCGCCACAUGACGGGCCUCAACACACAACCGCUCCAGACUGCACACACACACAAACUAACAUUUAACAUGUUACAUCCAAACCUUUUAGUAUUGCCCCCUUAAUACUUUGUCCUUUAAAACUGUAUGUAUUUGUGCUUGCACUUUAGAUUGCUUUGUCAUUCUUUUCUUUAUUUUUGCUCUAAAGAAUGUUACAUUUGUAGGUUACAGUAUUGUAGCUGAACUUCCAAUAUGAUUAGGGUUUUUUGCGUUCAUGUAUUUGCUACAAUAACGGGAGCACAGAGGAAAUUGGGGCUCACAACCCUCACCCCACAUUUCAGUUCUCAACACUUUUUAAAUCUACUUUUCUGCUUUGUCUCAGGAUUGUUGAAAUUUUGUGGCUUGGGAAUGAAUUGGUAAACUGACAGGACUUCACCGUAAAGAUUUGAAUGACUUAAACCUGUUUGCGCCAUGAAAUGGAUAAGUAUUAAAUGUACUCCUCUGUGAUGUGAUCUGAUUAUACAUUAGAGUCUGUACUUAGGAGGGAAACCAUUUGUGUGCAUAGAUUGGGAUUCUGAUUGUUACAACUGAAAAUAUUUCCAGACCUGGCCCAGAAUGAAAUGUAUUGAGCUACUUUAACCCCUCAUGUAGUUUUGUGUUAAGCGGACAAUUCCAUUAGACAGUCUAAAGGAUGAUAUUAUACUUCAUCAGCAAGUCAAAUAUAUACUUUCAUAUAAAUAUUCAGUAUUUACAUUCUGCAUUGGGGCUGUUUGCAAAUACUGGGUCCAUUUUUUUUUCUUUUCACACUUGUUACAUUUACCUUUAUUUCAAAUGCCUCACUCGGGGUGAAUCUCAUUUUUUUCUACUUGGCAUCAACCUGAGAAAAAUGUAAACCUGCAAGAGAAACUUGUAUUUAUGCUACUGCUGCCUGCUUCCCACAGUUUGUCCAGCAGUGAGCCUAAGACGAAGGACUUGUGUACUCUGACGGAGCGAUAUUGUCUUUCCGAUGGCUCGUUGUGUGUGGACCGAGAAACUGAACUGUUCUUUCUGUAGCUUUACUCCUGUCUUUUUCUAGACUGAACAGGUUUUAUUUUAUUAAUGCAUUUUGAUGAUGAAGAGUCAUUACUGCAAGCUACUUUGAAUUUGUUCAGGACUGCUAUGAUAUAACCUGUUAAUGUGACUCUUGGGUGGAAUUAAACAAGAAACAUUAACACACA